GAUGAGUACAUAAGGAAGAUGUCACAAGAUGCAUGGCCCAGGAUCAUGAUAGUUGCUGAUGGAUCUUGUGGAGAGUCAAGUUUUCUGCUUGGUGUCAACUCAGAAUACAUUGUGAAAUCCUGUAAUGCAUAUGGGGCCAAUGCAGCAUUUGACAGAUUAGACCAGAGGCAGGUGCCAACUCCAGAGAUCCGAACCCACAAUCUACAUUUUGAUCUGUCAGCCUAUGGAAUUGAUGUUGCCGGUGGUGGAAAGGAAACUUUAGGCAAGCCGGGAUUUCACCUGAAAAUCUAUGGGACCUUUCGCAAUCGAUAUAUGGCUUUAGCCUGCCCAGCUUCGGACGCCAAAGUUGUUCGGUUUCUGAGAUACACUCCGAAUUCUGCUGUCAUGAAGAACAUAUUUCACCAAUCCUUCAAUGCUUAUAAAACAGACAUUGAGCCCAGAAUGAGCGAUGUCACGUUUUCUCAGCUGCAGUGCAGUCGCAGAUUAUUUGAGAUCAUGCUUUCACACAGGAAGGUAACCUCUGCUUUCAUGGAAGGCAUCAAUGUGGUGGUCACAUUAGAGGGAGAAGCUGCUCGGGUUCUUAACUUUGAUACAGGCUGUGGUGUCAAUCUAGGCCUACGAGGCCUGGAAUCGUCAGAGGAGUUUAUUUACAAUGUGGCUGUAGCUGUGGACCAGAGCGAUGUGUUUGAAGCCCUGUCAGCCAAGAUAAAGCACUCCAAGCAAGUGGUAGAAGACUUCAAGUUCAGUGGACUGGCUGCUUCAGUAUUUGAAUAACAAAGAGAUAUCCUAACAGGACUCUAAAGGUCAACAUGGGCCCUUUUACCCAAGCACAUUGGAGGCAGCCAUUUU